AGGUGUGGUUUUGUGCAGAGCACAGUCUUUUGGAGAGAUCAUAGGAAAUCAGUCCCUAGGUAAAAUGUCUUUCUACUACAUUAAGCAAAAGGGCCAGGAUACUAGAAUACCUUUGUGGAGCUUCAAUGUAGUCAGCGAGUUCAGUAGUACAGAGAAUAGCUAUCGAUUGUUGGAGCCAUCUCAACUAGUAGCAUCUCAAGGGCAACUGUUCAUUACUAACGAGCGAGACAACAAGCUGGUCGUUGUAGACGAGGACACUUUGGAAGUCAAAGAUGUAGAGUGCAUAGGUGGGGAAAAGAAAAUGAUCACCGGCCCUCACUGGAUGGCAGUGAAAUCAUCAAUAAGUGCGAAUGAGUCAACGUGUACUGUAUGCGUGUUGCCUAAAAGAGGGUUUCAAGAUAAUUGCAAGCUCUAUAGUCUGAAAUAUGAAAGGAAAGGUUACCUGAAAAUAUCGGUUUCUGACCUUGGCUAUUGGAGUGCGUGCUCAGUUUGUUUGGGACCAAAUGGAAAUUUGUUAAUUGGCAACAGCAGAUAUAGCUGUGUAUACACAUACAGCAAUGACUCAGGUUUCACACAACAGAUAGACGUCAACUGCCUGCCAACAUGCUUGGCAUAUGAUAACGAGCGAGCUCAGUUACACGUCUGCAACUCUGCCUCAAAUGUUAUCAAAGUGUUCAGUGAAGAUGGCUCAUUAUUGCGUGAAUAUGGCCAGAAUGUUUUGAUACUGCCCCAGCAAAUUGCAAUUGAUGGUAGUGGCUGCUCAUAUAUCAUAUGCUGCUUCAAUUUGCGUUGUUUCCUGUCAGUCUUUGAUUCGAAUGGAGACCAUGUUUAUAACGUUUACGGUUUUGAAGGUCCUAUGGGUGUUGCCGUGUCAUCUAAAGAUGACUCAGUAUGGAUAUCUGACACAAAGAAAAACUGCCUCGUGAAACUUGAGGGACUAUGCAAGCUGAGGCCUCCUUUCUCAUUGUCCCUAAUUUGUCAACGUACCAUAUUGCUUCACAUGAACGAGCUAUCAAAAUUGAGUUUAUUCAAAAAUACAGGACAAGAGUUUAGUUCUUGGAACCAACCAGUAAAUGUUAUAAUCAAAGGUUUAUCAAAUCCCUUUUCUUUACCUCUACUACUAAAACAUGGGAUCAAAACUGAUACCAUUAAGUGGAUCUUGUGCCAAAGGCUAAAUCUCUCUGAGAAAAUUAAAAUGUCUUUCAAAAGUACAAAUGGUCGUCACGUAACACAGCUAGCACAUUAUAUGAAUGCUCUUAUUGUUGAACUGCCAAAAACUUUGUCACUUGGACAAUAAAGAGUAACAGAAUACUUUUAUAUGUGUGUUAGUGUGUAUGUGUGUUGUGAAACAUGUUACUUUUAAAAUAAUAAUAUUAUGUGUUGCUAUAAGAGUAUGUGAGGUA